AUGGACCUGGCAGCCAGCGCCGAUGGGCACCGAGAGACCGGGGCCAACCCCAGGAUCUGGCGCCUGGCUGACAGACUGACGGUGGUGCCGCUGCAGCCGGUGGUGCGGUUUGGGGGCUCGGUGCAGCUGAACUGCUCCCUGUCCUGCGUGGGGGGCACGGUGCAGUGGCGGGGCCUGGACACCAACCUGGGCAGCGUCACCUCCUUCCCCACCCACAGCAUCCUGCACGUCAACGGCGCCACCGUCGCCACUGAGGGCACCAAGAUCUGCCAGGGCUCCUGCCACGGGCAGCGCUACCAGAACGCCGUCUUCCUGAGGGUCUAUGCCUUCCCGGAGACGCUGCAACUGGAGGCUGUCCCCCAUGCUCUGCGGCCCGGGCAGCCUGGGACCCUGCGCUGCUGGGCCCGAGGUGUGUACCCCCUCACCGGGCUGGCGCUUGCCUGGUACCGGGGCGAGCAGGCACUGGUGGAGGCAGACUUCGACACCACGGAGACCGAGGAGGAGCUGUUCGACGUCGUGUCCACGCUGCCGGUGGCUGCAGAGGAGGUGGGAGAAGGGACGGAGUUCAGGUGCAAGGUGACGCUGAGCGUGGGGCAGGAGACCUUCACCCAGGCGGCCUCCAUGGCUGUGAGCGCUGGGG